GCUUCUCUCUGUUUUUGUACACAAAAAGGAAAAAUAUGUACAUAUUAAUUGAAAAAGUUAUUAAAUGUUAGUAAAAUUAUUGUAAAAAGUUUAAGAAAAUAAUGACCAAAUUUCCAUAUAACGCAUAUUUAUGCCUGUGGUUGAUAAUACACUUGGUAUUUAUUGUAACAAACGAAGCAAAAUGCCCUGAAAAGUGCCAGUGUAAAAAUAACACAGACUCUUCAUGGAAUUUACGCGUAAAAUGUGGUGGUACUUCCGAUGAACAACUAUCUAACUGGCAGAGCAUAGACUUUGAAGAUGAUGCAGUUAAUGUCUUCUUGUUAGACUUAAGCAGAAAUGGUUUUACUGGUAUCGACAAGGAAUUUUUUCGCAACCUAACAGAACUUAAACGUCUUGAUUUAUCGUUUAAUCAGCUAAAGGUGAUAGAUAAGUCGACUUUUGGAGAUGUUACAGUUGGCGUAGAGCGAUUAAAAUUAGCCAAUAAUUCAAUUGCCCACAUAUAUCCAGGAUCUUUUGAUCAAUUUCCUAAUCUCAGACAGCUCGACAUUUCUAACAAUCCAUUGGCAUGUGACUGUGAUCUAAUUUGGCUAGUGGGAUGGUCCAAUAGCCAUUUGGUAAAACUGCAACCUGGGCCAAAAUGCGAAUCCGAAGAUUUUAAGGGCAUUUAUUUAAAGAAAUUAAAAGUGGGUGUAGAUUUGUACUGUGAAUCACCACUCCAGCCACUGUUAGAAUUUAUACCAAGACAAAAUCAGGUUGUAUUCGAGGGAGAUGAAUUAGUUCUCAAGUGUCGGGCACCACGAGUUGCGGUCGGAGUCCCUCAUGAAUCGGAGGACUUGCCCACCAAGGCUCACGUUUUUUGGGGUUGGUCGGAAAAAAUCCGCACUCAAAACUCGACAGAUGAUAUUGUGUAUCACGAUCCCACAAAGGUUCUUAAUGAUGUCCAUUUAGAAAGUAAACAUACUACGGAUUCGGGAAUUCUUAAUUCAAUAUUGCGUAUUGCCAGCGUGCGACGCAAUCAUACCGGUAUGUUUGAUUGUACGCUUCGGUCGCAACAAGCUAAUUUGUCACAUGCAAUUGCUGUGAUCGUAAUUGCCAAAAAUACACAAUAUUGCAAAGCAAUAAAUGUACAAACGAAUAAGGGGAACUACCAUUGGCCCCAAACGGUUCGUGGACAGAUAGUGGAACAGCAAUGCGUUGAAGAGUCUGAUGGUGGUCUGAUGGCUACUUAUCGAUGUCACGUAAACGGCACAUGGGUAGAUCUCAACACAGAAGUCUGUGCGUAUGUUAGUCCAACAACACGUGUCUUGGAACAGUUUGCCAAGAUGAACUUGACACUUAACAAAGCAAAUGUUUUAGAAAUAGCACGGCGGUUGCACAACCUAACCCACACAAUGUCCAACUUAAGACGUAUUAGAGAUCCCAUGGAUUUGGAGUUCGUAGCGCGUACUUUAGUAAAGUAUUUAGAUUUUAUAACGUACCAAAAUGAAUUGGCUCAUCUACUAUUGGAUAUAGUAUCACAGCUGCUUUUGCUGCCAUCGAAUACAUUUUAUCAAGCACAAAGUAGUUACCAGAGUGGUCUAAAGCUGCUUGAGUGUGUGGAGGCAGCCUCUAAGCAGGCCUCGUUGCAUACACCGACAACAGAAGAGCAUGGAAAUAUGCAAAAUAAUUUAGUAACGAUUCCACGAACAUUUUUUGUCGAUUACUUUAGUAUUCGACCGGAAUCUUUUGCUGGCAUUUCAUGUGUUUGGGUGCGUUCUUCAAUUUCAACAUCUGCAUCAACGAUAAGUUCAUCUUUUGAAUGCAGUACUUCGAAUGAUUCAUUCCCAUCAUUUGAGCGGUAUAUUGAUGCUGCUAUCCAAAUUCCGGUGAAUUUACUGUUUAGUGAUAAGUCUUCACCCAAAUCGGUCAUCAAAUUGAUGGUCGCUGUUUUCCGCAAUGCAAAUUUACUGCCCCAUUUGACAAGCAACAGAAGUGUUGAACUCUCGUCGCCAAUAAUUGCAGCCAAAACGGUUCAUGAAUCCGACGAAAGCCAUCAGCAAUCAACUGAAUAUAUUGACGAAAAAAAUCAAAUUGCCAUAAUACUCCGUGUUCAUCCGUUUCAUGAUGAUCGCAGUGCACCGAUACCAGCACGCUGGGACGAAGAAAGAAAAAUUUGGUCUCCGGAAAUGUGUCAACAGCUUUAUCUACAUCGCGGUCUUUUAAUGUUUUCAUGCAAACGUUUGGGAUACUAUGGACUGUUGCAAAGAUCAGCUUACCUAAAUGAUUUUGAAAGUGACCAAGCAGGGGCCCGUUUUCGAUUUUUACCCUAUGCAAUAUACACUGGCACGGCCGUACUCUUUCUCUGCUGCUGCAUUAAUAUUGUAACCUUUUUAGUAUUUGGCAGAGCCAUCCGGAUAAAUCGGCAACAGCGACACACAUUUGUAAAUACCUGGCUGGCGUUAGCACUACUUUGCAUCUCAUUCACUCUGGGGAUAUUUCAGACAGAGCGGCAAGAUGUUUGUCGCAUGAUCGGAAUGAUUAUACACUAUUUAAGCAUGUGUGUUCUAUUGUGGCUAAGCGUCAGCCUGAGCACUAUGUAUAAACGUCUUUCAAAGCACCAUCGCGUAGUUACCGAAUCGGAUCUACCAAAGGAGGCACGUAUGAAGAAGCCCAUUAUGGGGAUAUACCUAGUCGGCUGGGGUAUUUCUAUGAUGAUUUGUGGCAUUAGUGGAGCGGUGAACAUUAACGAGUAUGCUGCCUAUUCGUUCUGCUUCCUCCACAAUGGCUCGGCCAUGAAUGCUAUGCUUGUACCGGGUGGCAUAUUACUAAUUUUCCUCUGCAUUCUAUUUUUAACUAUAUACUAUCAGCUCAAUCACAGGAGCUCUGUUGCGAAUAUGAUGCAAAAUCAUCAUCAAUUUUCAGAUAACACUCAGGCCACGGAGAACAUUGACAUGGAUUGGCUGGACACAACGACACAAAGCAAUCCACCGGCUCGACGUACGAAUAAUAAUGCAAAAUCACUGAAUCUGGACCAGUACACCAGUCUCACACUAAGCAAUACAGCUGUAAGUAGUAUAGUCGAUGAUUUCGAACGCUCCAAUUUGGCCCAUUUGAGAGCACACUUUGUUUUCUUGGUCUUGUUUGUUAUUGCGUGGUUCUCUGCAGUGGCAUUUGUGAUGCACUCAGCUCAAGGGGAGAAUGAUCUGAGCCAUAUGUACUCAGUGCUGUAUGCAAUAUCAUGUUGUUUACUCGGACUUUUUACAUUAUUGUUUUACACUUUGACUAGAAACGACACACGCCAACAGUGGAGUCGAAAUCCCUGUUGUGGUCAGGACGGAUCGGAUGGACCGUAUAACGAGGUCACAUACAAUGAUGACGUUGCGCCAGUUGCUAAUAGUGUAUUGGCGUAUAAGCCCUCUUAUGAAGCUGGCAAUAAUUCUGGCGCUUCUCGGUCAAAUUCUCAGUGUUCGAAACAUCGUGCAAGCAGCAUACGUAACGGUAGUGGUGGUAUUGUGGAUACUACCACCCAACAUCUUUUGACUGUCUCUUCUGGUCCCGCUCCUAUUCCCGCUACAAUAAUUAACAAUCAGCACAUGGGAAGUGGUUCAGGAAUAGGCCUACCACAUGAUAUUCCAAGUGCUGACCUAUUUUAUAAUCCCAAUCAAAUUAAUGUAGCCCGUAAAUUUUUCAAGAAACAGAAACGAUUAGCCAAGCGUAAUAAUUUUGAGUUGCAACGGCAAAAGGAGCGACCUGAUUAUGGAGGAAGUGUGGGGGCGGCAGAUACUGCCAGUGAUAUCUCAUCGACUAAUGGUAGUGGUCAUGUGUACUCUAGACGUCAUAACGCUAUGACUCUAAAACUGUUGAGCAGUGGGGUGGGCAAGGUGAAUAACACGAAUAUCAACUACAAGCCCGACUACAAUGUCAGCUACAAGAGUCAUAAUCAUCACCCCUUGGACAACUUUGAUGAUGUCGAGGAUAUUUUUGCCUCAACAAACGUCUCAACGGGAGCGAAUAAUCCAAAUAACCAAAAUUCUUUACGCAAGCGGGCCAACAUACUAGCAAUGAAUAUAUACACAAACAUUCCGGAAACAAUGGCACCACAACAUGAAAUACACAAGGUAAGAGGCGGCGCAAAUUCAAACUCAAAUGUCGGCGGUAGUGGUGUACGUUUACUCAAACCAUUGGCGGAACAUCAUGAGGAAUUCGAGGAAAUCGACAGCAGUUCACACGAUGAGAAUAUACCACUUUACGAAAAUACACUGCAAAAGGUGAACAUAAAACCAUCUUUAAACAAUAUAUUUAAUACAUCGUUUAGUUCAAAUACACCAUCACAUUUCCCGACAACAUCUACACCAAACAAACCCAAGGCCCCUGAACUAAAAGAGAUCGAUGAACAUCAGAGUCCAGCUCAACAAAAACUAUUACUAUUAGAUCACGAUGUUGAGGCAAUGAAUAGUAUAGGCCUACCAUCGACAGCAACUGCCAUCAAACAAGACAUUUCAUUCUGCCCAAAUACUCUUGAUGGAUACAGCAGCAACGAUGACAUUCAGGACGGUGAUGAGCCGAAUCUAAAGCGAAAUGAGAUUUAUGUGUCGAAUUCUUUGCAAAUAACCAAUCGCAUUGAUAUUGAGGAUGAUUUUGCUGCUGUUCUCAUACGCGGCAAUCAACAACCAAAACACUCCAAAUCAUUAAGCAAUUUAGAUUGUAUCUAUAGUGGCGUGGCAGGGCCAACACAAACUGAUUCCGGCAAUAUGAAUUCGAUAAAUGGUUCGUAUGGAUCGGACAGAAACUUGUCCCAUAUUGGAGCCACUGUAUGCGCUUCAAAACAAAGGUGCCCCUCACUGUAUGAAGUUGUUGACGACAAAGAGUCUGCAAUAGGCCUUCGAGAAUUGCAUUCUUCAAAUAAAUCAUUGGAAACAUCCGAUCAAAAAUACAUGUCGAACAGGAUCGAAACGGAUGUCAAUGUAGUAGAAUCAUUUCAUAUGACAGGCACAUGCACGCGAUCUGCCAGCCCCACAAACGAAAGUGAUUUAAACUACCAAAAUUCCGAAAUCAGUAUACGUAGCCAUGGUUUAUAUGCCCCACAAGCCGAUAACGAUCUGACGCUGACCGAUGACUUUCGAUAUCAGUCAUCAAAUGCUAGCGAAGCUGACAUGGGUAUAAAUGAUUUCGAUGAUGAAUUUGGAGCUUUUGGUAGUCACAACUUCACAAAUGACUUGGAUAGUAAUGACCAUGAAGACGCAACCGAUCCCAUCGAUGCACUCAACACGUCCAUUGACGAGUUGUAUGAGGCUAUAAAACGUCGAAGUCCGCUUACUACAAAAUUACCAUUAACAAAUCAAAUGCCAGGUGAAAGCUCAUAUAGUGAAGUGUCUGAACUUUGCCUUGAUGAAAUGCAUCCCUUGGCGAGGAAUGAUUCCAGGAAUAACCUUAAUACUGACGAUGACUCACUAGCGGUGACAAAUCUGCCAUCAUCAUCUUCGUCUUCACUCUUGCCUACAGCAUCUACCACAUCAACUACUACAUCCUUAAAUACUGUGUUAACUAAAUCAUUUCGUGAGAAUCUCAUAGAUGACGAUAGCAGUCAAAGUAGUGUAAUAUCAUAUAUAGAUCCCAAAGUAACUCAAAAAAACUCACUUAGCUGAAGACACUCCACAAUAUUCGGUAUCAAAUUAAAUUCAAUGUCAUUCUUAGAGCAAAUCAGAUGAACACAAAAAACAGCUUUGACACUUUGCUUUGAUGUUAGUUAAACAUGGCUUAAUAAUCUUUUUAGUUUAACUUGACACAAAUCAAAUUGAUUUUUCAUAUUUGUCAAUUCAUAUAUGUAUGUAUGUACAUUCUUUCCUGAAAUCAUUGAACAUGUAUGGAAAGUAUGUUGCACUAAUUGAAAAUGGAUACAAUAUUAAAGUCAAGUUUGUUGAAUUUAUUACUCAAUAUGUACAUAUAUAUGUGUGUGCAUAUUGUUUGUAAAAAUCGUCUUCUUAAGUUCUCAAUAUUAUAUGGGAUUAUUGAUUUCUCUAAAUGAUAAAGGAGUUCAAGAACAUAUAUACAAACUGAUAUUUAUAUGGACAAGUAUAACUCUUUUUUAAAUUAUAUUACUCUUAAGUUUUUGUACUAGCUAUUUAAAUUGUAUUGUUAUAUGUUAAGCAUUUAUUAUUAUGUACAGUUCCAUUUAAUUUGUCUCAUGACUAAAUCUAAAUAAUUUUCAAAGACAUUUUUAUAUACAUAUUUCUACUCCUCAACCAGCAAUAAAAACUUCAUAUAGGUAUAAGAGGCGAACAAAAUACAUUUACUUAUUUGUAUAUUUUCUUGACCUAACCAAAGCUUUUCAUAAAUUGUUCGAUAUUUCAUCCCAUUCAUUGUAUUUGUAAAUUAUUGUUUAAUAUAAGUACAAUAUCUGUCUUUCAUCGUACUACAGACAUACUAAAUAUGUAUUUAUGUAUUUACUCAUUUAAGAAAACUUCACAACAUAAAACAACGAAAGAAUAGUUUCUUAAAACAAGUUUGUUGUAUUUUCUAAAUAUGUAUGUAUUUAUAAUUUUAUAAAAUAAAGAUUUUUAAUUAAUGUACAAAACAGAAACAAAAUUAAA